ACGUGAUUGACGUGACGUCAUCAGAAGACCCUGCGAUAAGCUAGUGGAAGUAGCGGGAGCUCUCCCAGCAAAGGCAACGAUUUGUAAAAGUUUAAAGAGAAACAUCUGUAAAUCACCCCUUUUUGUGGAACAAGACAAGGCGCUUUAGGUCGCGCUGCUGGCCGCUGAUUCCCCUCCCCACACAAAGAGUCAAAAUGACGGCGUCGGUGUUUUUCGGCUGCACCUUCAUCGCCUUCGGCCCAGCCAUCGCACUGUUCCUGUUUACCAUCGCCCGGGAUCCGCUGAGGGUCAUUUUCCUCAUAGCAGGAGCAUUUUUCUGGCUGGUGUCUCUGUUGCUGUCGUCUCUGGUGUGGUUCAUCUCGGUUCAGAUCAGUAAUAAGGACAGUGCGGUGCAGCAGAAAGGACUCCUCAUCUUCGGCGUGGUUCUGUCCGUCCUGCUGCAGGAAACCUUCCGCUUCGCUUACUACAAGCUGCUGAAGAAAGCAAAUGAAGGCCUCCUCACUCUCAGUCAGGAGGAAACCAUGCCGAUCUCCAUACGGCAGCUGGCCUACGUGUCCGGUCUUGGCUUCGGCUUCAUGAGUGGAGCGUUCUCGGUGGUGAACAUCCUGGCUGACUCUGUGGGGCCGGGGACUGUGGGGAUCCAUGGAGACUCUCAGCACUACUUCCUGUCCUCAGCCUUCAUGACGAUGGCCAUCAUCCUGCUCCACAUGUUCUGGGGCGUCGUCUUCUUCGACGCCUGUGAGAAGCAGCGCUGGUGGGCGGUGGCUGCUGUCGUCAUCAGCCACCUCGUCGUUUCCUGUCUGACCUUCCAGAACCCCGAGUACGUUGCCAGCCUGGUUCCCACCUACGUCAUCUUGUUCCUGAUGGGCGUCUGGGCGUUUUAUUCCGCCGGCGGUUCACUCAGGAACCUCAAACUCUGCCUCACCUGCAAAGACAAGGACUUCCUGCUCGCCAACCACCGGCCCAGAUAACGCAGGAUGUCAGGCAGUGUGUAGGACUCUAUCCAAAGAUCACCGAGUUCACACACACCCACACACACACACACUGAACGCAGCGAAGAAGGAGUGUUAACCCUCUGUUAAUCUGCUGUCUCACUUAAGAGGUGUUUUAUUAUCUUAAGUCUAAAAAACAUAAAAGUAAAAGCAGUGGAAGUUUCUCAAAGGAAACAAAGAUGGGAGAUCAUUCUGAUUCAUGUCCAGCUCAAUUUGUUUGUUGGAUUUAAUUUACAUUUAAUGAUGAAUUUAUAUUCAAAAAUAUAAAAUCUGUGUCUGGCUGAUAGUUUCCACUGUUUGUUGUCUGAUGCUCUAAAAGAAACCACAGAUGAACAAACCUGUAAAAGGUCUUAAAGUGGGGACACUCUUCACAUUCUGUACAUAUUCUAAUGUUUUCAACUUUUCUGACAGCUAUCUUCUUUCAAAUGUGUCAAAUAUUUCCAAGGGUGGAUUUACCAUUUAUGAACAAAACUCUUUGUGUAUAUAUUUAUGCAUUUUUAAUUCCCUGAUGUGUAGAUAGUGAGAGGUUUUAGUCUUUUUUUCAAGAUGUGAUACUCGAUCAUUAGUCUGUGUAAGAACUUGCCUUUGAUUUGAAAUGAUAAAGGAUUUACAGAAGCUGAGAGGGGACAUGACUGGUAUUUAUUUGUUUUAUCCCAGUUAUCACAACUUCAUUACUUCUGUUGGAAAUGUAGAUUGUGUCCAUUCCAAGCUGUUUUUAUAUUCCACACUUGAGUAUAUAUGUCUCAUUUACUAAUUUGAAAACUAAAUGCUUAAACUUUUCAUUUCACCAAAUUUUAAUUUGCACAGUUGUGAUUGUCCUCCCUGAUAUCCAAAAUCGUUCUAACAGAUCAGAAGUUUUGUCCCACAGCAGUUUCUGUUCUGAGAGGCGAGCAGCUCAGACUGAGUGUGAGGCUAAACUGUAGAAAAACAGAAGAGCGAUUAGAAAAUCUUAACUGAUCAAGGAUUCAGAUUUUACCAUCAAAAAUCUCCUUUCACCUGCAGCGGCUGUCAGUUACCAGAUUUAGCUGUCAAGUAUUUCUUCUAUCAUGAUUGUGAGAAGAAAAAUGUUUAAUAUAGUAACAGUAUCGGAAAGUAACUGGAGUCAAAUAAAUACUCUCGGUUUCCUUACAGAUUAGCAGACGGUUCAUGUACUUUAUUUCUCACUCCUCUGUGUACACAAACACACAAUUAGAAAUUCAUAGAUAAGACCAUGGACAGGUGGAAGUGUUGGCUCAGUGAUCUUUGAAUUUCAAUUGCUCGGUUGCCUUUUUAAUGUCUUAGUUUGGGAGCGAUCGCAGGAGUUUUUUGAGAACGGUGUCCAAAUUCCAAACAAUGAAUGUUUUACUUUGCACCUGGAUUUUGUUUUGCUGUUGAUCUACUUGUACAGUUUGUGUAGAUUGCAGUCUGCCGUGUUUCAAAACGAAUGCAGUCCAAUACAACUGUCCUGUAAUAAAUCCUCCCUUCAUGAAGGUUAUAAUGUUCA